AUGUCUGACCAAACUCCCACCGAUGGAGUUAUCGCAAUCCGCACUGCAACCCUUGCAGAUGCAGAAGCGAUUGCACGUAUCCAUGUUGCGGCAUGGCGAGCUGCAUACAUCAACAUAGUCCCCCAAACACACCUCGACAACCUCUGUCUUAACGAUAGGGUAAAACUAUGGCAACGCAUUCUCUCUGACCCAGAGACACAUGCUGGCAUUCUUAUCGCCGAAGCUACCAAAUACACCAAGAGAUGCCCAAGGAAUAGUCUCCUCGGGUUUGCGAGUUUCGGACCUGCUGCUGCUGCUGCUGCUGCUGCAGCAAGCAGUACGAGAGAAGCAGAACUGCGCGCUAUCUACAUAGAUCCCGAAUCCUGGGGCGAAGGGAUCGGACAGAAGCUUUGGCAAGCGGUUGAACGGCACUUCCUCGCAGCAAGAUACGAGACUGUGGUGGUACGUGUGUUGGCUGGAAAUAAACGUGCCAUAAAGUUCUAUCGUGCUGUUGGAUUUGGAGAGAAUGUUGAUGGUGGAACUGGAGAAAUCGAGAUUGAGGGGAAAAAACUUGGGGUGUUGAGAUUGAGGAAGAGACUUUUGUAG